AUGGCCGCAGAGGACAAGACGGCCUCGAAAGAGGCAACCUCCACUCCGGUCGCAGUGCAGGAGAAGAAAGACGAGCCAAAGUCAUCGUCGUUCAAGCUCACCAACUUCAAGCAAUUCUUCAUCUUCUUCCGCGUCCUGUUCGCUGCAGACCCAACAUGGCUCGAUUACUGCCUCAUCGCCUUCGCCACCAUCACGGCCGCGGCCGCUGGUGUGCCCUUCCCCCUCAUGGGCAUCGUCUUCGGCCAGCUUGUUGACGACAUGAACGGUGCUACGUGCGCGGCCGAGGGCGAGUCCAACGCCGACCCCUUCUCGUAUGAAUCCUCCAUCAACCAAAAGGUCCUCCUCAAUGUCUACAUUGGCAUUGCUGCGCUGGUCCUGAUCUACAGCUACAUUGUCGCCUGGAGUGUCAUCAGUCAGCGCCUGGCCCACCGUCUUCGCAGUCGCUACGUCGCUGCUCUCCUCCGACAGCCUCCCUCCUUCUUCGACGUACGCGCUGCUGCUGGCGAGGUGUCCAGCCGACUCCACGGUGACAUUACUGCUGUGCAGACGGGAACCUCCGAGAAGGUGGGCGUCUUCAUCGUCUCCUGGAGUUUCUUCAUCACCGUCUUCGUCAUCGCCUUCUCCAAGCAGCCUCGGCUCGCUGGAAUGCUCGUCUCCAUGCUCCCCGUCUACCUGCUGUCGGUCGGAGUGGGCAGCGUCUUCAUCCAGAAAUUCGCCAAGCAGACCGAGACGGUCGCAGCCGCCUCCUCCAUUGCCUCGGAGUCGCUCACCCACAUUUCCGUCGUCCAGGCCUUUGGUGCUGCCGAGCGACUCGAGUCCAAAUUUGCAACCUAUAUGCGCGACGCCCGAAAUGCAGGGAUGAAGCGAUCGGCCGUCGUCGCAAUCCAGUCUGGCAUGCUGUACUUUGUGUCGUAUGCUGGAAUUGCUCUGGCUUUCUGGCAGGGUAGCAAGAUGAUUGCUGAAUCAGUCAGCAACACUGGGCAAAAUGCGACAAUUGGUGAGAUCUACAUGGUAGUGUAUCUUCUGAUCGAUGCUUCCGUGAUGCUGGGCUCCCUUGCCCCCAUCUUGCCUGUUCUUGGCGGCGCCACCGCUGCCUAUAAACGUCUCAUGGAAGAUAUUGAAGCACCUUCACCCAUGGACGGCACCUCAGAGGAGGGCGACAAGCUUACUGUCGGGUCGGCAAAGUCAAUCCGCUUCCAGGACGUCACCUUCGAGUAUCCAGCCAGACCAGGUCAACAGGUGCUGCGCAGCGUGAGCAUGGAGUUCCCCGCUGGUAGCUACACUGCCAUCGUCGGUCUAUCUGGUAGCGGCAAGUCUACCAUCGCGGCUCUCCUUGACCGUCUGUAUGAUCCUGUCGAAGGAAAGGUUGAGAUCGACGGACACGAUUUACGAGACCUCAAUGUCAAGAAUCUGCGUAGCUUCAUAAGCUUCGUUCAGCAGGAACCAUCGCUACUUGACCGUUCCCUGUUGGAAAACAUUGCUCUUGGCCUCGUCAACUCUCCCAACCCUGCCCACCAACACCUGAAGCCUCUUCUAUAUGGCCCCGAAUUGUCCAAGCUGGCUGUCAAAGGAAGAGAAAUCUCAUCAUCAGCCGACAACAUCACAUCUGACCCUAACCUGAAGGAGCUGGUUGACCUUGUCAUCAAGGCUGCCGAGCAGGCCGAUGCAAUGAGCUUCAUUGAACGCCUUGAAGAUGGUUUCGGAACAGUCGUCGGUCCCAGAGGCUCUCUUCUGAGUGGAGGGCAGAGGCAGCGCAUCGCCCUUGCUCGUGCUCUUAUUCGUGAUCCAGAAAUCCUUGUCCUUGAUGAGGCAACUUCCGCUCUUGAUUCUGCAACCGAGAAGCGUAUCCAAUUGGCUAUUGAGCGGGCGGCUACCGAGAACAGAACCAUUGUCUCCAUUGCCCAUCGACUGUCAACCAUCCGUAACGCCCACAACAUUAUUGUGAUGGAAGCUGGAAAGGUAAUUGAGCAGGGUACGUAUGUGGACCUGAUGGCCAAGGAGGAUGGUGCCUUCGCCGGCAUGGCCAGACUCCAGUCUGUUGGAACCUUGGAUAAAGAUGCCCACUCGAUCUCUGGUGAUUCCAUAGAUGCAUCCACUUUGAAGAGUGACAACCCAGGCCCUGAAAGACUUCUCUCGAUGGACAAAGGAACCGAAGUGGACGAACCAGAAGUGGACGAGGAAAAGGAGAAGAAGUCCAAGAAGAAGAAAGAAGAACCCACUUCCAAGGACGGUGAGCUUGAUGCCCCGCAGCCUCUGGGACGGACUAUGGGUAGAGCCUGGAAGAUCAUUCGCUCCUCUACUGGAUGGAUUGCUCUCGCUAUCAUCUCUGCCAUCAUUGUUGGUUGCACAUUCUCUGGAUCUGGUGUCAUUUUCGGUUUCACUAUCGGUGCUCUCAACCCUUGUGCCAACACUGCUGAGCGAAUUCUAUCUCUUGGACGCCUCUACUCCGGACUGAUGUUCAUGUUGGCUUGUGUGGAAGGCUUUGCCAACUUCUUUGCAUGGUCUGGAUUUGGCGUUAUAUCGGAGAAGCUCCUGUACUCAGUUCGAGUUCUUUCUUUCCGAUCACUGGUGCGACAGGAUGUCCAGUGGCACCAGUCGGAGAACCGAAGCCCGUCUGGCCUCCUUGCCAUCAUCACCAGAGACUGUACCGCUAUUGGUGGUUUCAGCGGCUCUACGAUUGGUACUCUCUUUGCUGUGUGCGUCAACGUUCUGGUUGCCAUUAUCCUGUCCCACAUCAUCGCUUGGAAGAUUGCUCUGGUGUGCUUGGUGGUCAUCCCCAUCAUCCUUGGUGCCGGCUUCAUGCAGCUGCACCAGCUUGCCCGAUACCAGGAGCGUCACACUGAGGCGUUCUCCACCGCUACUUCAGUCGCUACCGAGGCUGUUCAGUCGAUCCGUACUGUGGCAGCUCUUUCUCUUGAAAACCAAUUCAUGGAUUCCUACAAUCACCUUUUGGCGAAGCCAAGGAAGGAAAUGGUGCGCGCUUCCGCUUCCGCCAAUAUCUGGCUCGCAAUCAACCACACAACCAGCACCUUCUUGAACGCUCUCGCAUACUGGUGGGGAACUCAGUUGAUGAUGAAGGGAGAAUACACCCAGACCCAGUUCUUGAUCAUUUUUAUCGCAAUGUUGACUGCAUCCAAGAUCUGGGGCUCCAUGUUCACGCUCGCCCCUGAGUUCUCCCGCGCCCACAUUGCCCUUACUCGCCUGAUGACCGUCAUCAGCAUCGGCCCAGACCAAACCCUCAAGUCCGCUGGCAAGGGACCCCAGAGUGAUGUGGAGGCUACUGGUGAGGCCAAACCCCAAACUGAGAAAUCGGGACAGCGUGGAGGAGCUAAGAUCACCUUCAACAAUGUGUCCUUUUCCUACCCAAGUCGCCCUGACGUUCCUGUUCUUGACAAUGUGUCCUUCACCAUCCAACCCAACCAAUUCUGCGGUUUAGUAGGUCCUUCAGGAGCUGGAAAGUCCACCAUCAUGAACCUCAUCCAGCAGUUGUACACACAGACAAACGGUGUCAUCUACAUGGAUGAUGCCGACAUCGCCAAGGGCCCAGCCUCGUUCAGGGAUAGCAUUGCACUGGUUCCUCAAGAUCCAUCGCUCUUCCAAGGCAGCAUCCGCUUCAACGUUGGGUUGGGUGCUCCCCCCGGAACCGAAGCAACAGAUGAUGAGAUCGAAGAGGCAUGCCGUCUCGCCAAUAUCCACGACGUCAUCAUGGACCUUCCCGACAAGUACGACUCUGACUGCGGGCCUUCCGCUUCACACCUGUCGGGUGGCCAGAGGCAGAGACUGGCAAUUGCGCGUGCCCUGGUACGUCGACCACGUCUCUUGCUGCUGGACGAGAGCACCAGCGCCCUGGAUGCCGCCAGCGAGGCGGCGUUGCAGGAAGGUCUGGAAAAGGCCGCCAGAGGCACAACUGUCCUGGCCAUCACCCACCGUCUUCACACAGUACGCAAGGCGGAUGUCAUCUUCGUGGUUGAGGGUGGACAGAUUGUAGACAAGGGACGCCAUGGGGAGCUGAUGGAGAGGAGAGAGAGUUACAGAAUCAACGCGAUGCAGCAGAUGCUGCAAUAA